AUGCAGUCCCGGCUCCUGCUUCUCGGCGCCCCCGGCGGCCACAGCGGCCCGGCCGCGCGGCGCGUGCGGCUGCUCCUGCGGCAGGUGGUGCGGGGCCGGCCGGGCGGCGGCGGGCUGCAGCCAGAGGUCCGACUGCUGCACGCCGGGGCGGGGGCCGACACAGAUGGUACAGUUAUUGUUGGAGACGUAUCCUACAAAUUGAAAACCCCUAAGAAUCCGGAACUAGUGCCACAGAACUACAUUUCAGACUCUUUGGCUCAAUCUGUAGUUCACCAUCUAAGAUGGAUAAUGCAGAAGGACCUUUUGGGGCAAGAUGUCUUUCUAAUAGGACCUCCCGGGCCUCUUCGACGUUCCAUCGCUAUGCAGUACUUGGAGCUGACCAAGCGGGAGGUUGAGUAUAUUGCCCUAUCAAGGGAUACCACUGAAACGGAUCUCAAACAGCGUCGAGAGAUCCGUGCUGGCACGGCUUUCUACAUCGAUCAGUGUGCAGUUCGUGCAGCCACCAAGGGCAGAACUCUGGUUUUGGAAGGUUUGGAAAAGGCAGAGAGGAAUGUCCUGCCUGUUCUGAACAACUUGCUGGAAAAUAGGGAGAUGCAGCUUGAAGAUGGGCGCUUCCUGAUGUCCGCUGAGCGUUACGACAAACUUCUCAAGGAUCAUACUAAAACAGAAUUGGAUGCUUGGAAGAUUGUGCGUGUUAGUGAAAAUUUCCGCGUGAUCGCCUUGGGCUUGCCAGUACCCAAGUAUGCUGGAAAUCCCUUAGAUCCCCCUCUCCGUUCUCGAUUUCAAGCCAGAGAUAUUUAUUAUCUACCCUUUAGGGACCAAAUUAAGCUGCUAUAUUCUGUGGGAGCCAAUGUUCCUGCUGAGAAGGUUUCUCAGCUAUUGUCCUUUGCCACUACCCUAUGUUCCCAAGAAUCUUCCACUCUUGGACUUCCAGAUUUUCCUUUAGAUAGUUUACCAGCUGCUGUUCAAAUCCUGGAUUCCUUUCCUAUGAUGUCAAUCAAACAUGCAAUCCAAUGGCUUUACCCAUAUACGAUAUUGCUAGGACAUGAAGGAAAGAUGGCUGUGGAAGGUGUUUUGAAACGAUUUGAGCUCCACGAUUCCAGACACCCUGUACUUCCUCAGGAGAUUGUAAGAGUGGAGAGGAAGAUUGAAAACCCUGUCCCCCAAGCCACCGUGACUGUCCGGAUUGCAGAGAAGGAAGUAACCAUUGAGGUGCCAGCUGGGACCAAGCCAUUAGGUCAACUUUGUGCCUCAGACAAUUUCAUACAAACUUUAAGCCAUAAGCAACUACUGGCUGAAAUGAUGCAGUCUCACAUGGUUAAGGACAUGUGCUUAAUUGGAGGAAAAGGCUGUGGAAAAACAGUUAUUGCUAAGAACUUUGCUGAUACAUUAGGAUACCACAUAGAACCCAUCAUGCUUUAUCAGGACAUGACAGCGCGGGAUCUAUUACAGCAGAGAUACACGCUCCCGAAUGGAGACACUGCCUGGCGGUCCUCUCCCCUCGUGAACGCUGCUUUGGAAGGAAAACUCGUCCUCCUGGACGGCAUUCACCGAGUCAACGUGGGCACACUCACUGUACUGCAAAGGUUAAUCCAUGAUCGAGAGCUAAGCCUCUAUGAUGGCUCCAGACUACUGAGAGAAGACAGAUAUACUCGUUUAAAAGAGGAGCUGAAAGUGUCUGAUGAGGAGCUACAGAGGAGAUCCAUUUUCCCUAUCCACCCGUCCUUCAGAAUCAUCGCCUUGGCAGAGCCCCCUGUCAUUGGAAGCAGUACUCAGCAGUGGCUGGGACCAGAAUUCUUAACCAUGUUCAUUUUCCAUCACAUGAAACCACUUGUCAAAAGUGAAGAAAUCCAUGUGAUUAAGGAAAUGGUCCCGAAUAUACCUCAGGAAGCUUUGAAUAAAUUGCUGUCAUUUACACACAAACUCAGAGAGACACAGGACCCAACGGCACAGUCUUUGGCAGCGUCGCUCUCUACCAGACAGCUGUUGAGGAUUUCUCGCCGUCUGUCACUGUAUCCUAAUGAAAAUCUUCACAACGCUGUUACUAAAGCCUGCCUUUCCAGGUUUUUACCAAGUCUCGCAAGGUCAGCAUUAGAAAAAAAUCUGGGAGAUGCUGGAAUAGAAAGGACGAGUGAUAAUUUUGAACCAGAAUUGAAGGAUUACAGAUGUGAAGUAGCAUCUGGAUCUCUGAUGAUUGGCGCUGUCAGUGCACCGGUAUAUAACGCCCAUGAGAAAAUGAAAGUGCCUGAUGUUCUAUUCUAUGACAACGUCCAGCACAUGAUAGUGAUGGAAGAUAUGCUGAAAGAUUUUCUCCUUGGAGAACACCUACUGUUGGUUGGUAACCAGGGUGUAGGAAAAAACAAGAUUGUUGACAGAUUCCUUCACCUGCUGAACAGACCUCGAGAAUAUAUCCAGCUGCACAGGGACACGACAGUGCAAACCCUUACUCUUCAGCCUUCUGUUAAGGAUGGACUUAUUGUGUAUGAAGACUCGCCUUUGGUUAAAGCCGUAAAGCUGGGUCAUGUUCUGGUAGUAGAUGAGGCAGACAAGGCACCAACAAAUGUCACCUGUAUUUUAAAAACUCUAGUAGAAAAUGGAGAAAUGAUUCUAGCAGAUGGAAGACGCAUUGUUGCAAAUUCUGCUAAUGUGGAUGGAAGAGAAAAUGUUGUGGUGAUUCAUCCGGAUUUUAGGAUGAUUGUUCUAGCCAACAGGCCUGGAUUUCCUUUCCUAGGCAAUGAUUUCUUCAGUACAUUAGGUGAUAUUUUUAGCUGCCAUGCAGUUGAUAAUCCCAAACCCCAGUCAGAGCUUGAGAUGCUCAGACAAUAUGGACCAAAUGUGCCAGAACCAAUUCUUCAGAAGCUUGUGGCUGCCUUUGGAGAGUUGAGGAGCUUGGCUGACCAAGGGACUAUUAACUAUCCUUAUUCUACCAGAGAAGUUGUCAACAUAGUCAAGCAUUUACAGAAAUUCCCCUCUGAAGGUCUCUCCAGUGUGGUGAGGAAUGUGUUUGACUUUGAUUCCUACAACAAUGACAUGAGAGAGGUUUUGAUGAACACUUUACACAAACACGGGAUACCUAUCGGAGCAAAGCCGACCAGUGUGCAGCUGGCAAAGGAAUUGCCUCUGCCGGAACAGACAUUCAUGGGCUAUUGGACAAUUGGCCAGUCAAGAAAUGGGAUGCAAAAACUUUUGUGCCCAGCAGAAACUCAUCAUAUAGACAUAAAGGGCCCAGUGCUGAUAAAUGUACAGGAAUACCCGGUAGAAAGACGUGAAGAAAGAACUCUCACAUUUACUGAAGAAUAUGCUUCCUGGAAGCUACCGCUGGAUGAAGUUAACUUGGUUUGUGACAUUGCUACCUUACAGGAAAAUGAGGAAACGACACUGUAUGUCAUUACCUGCAACCCUGUUACCUUACACUUCAUGGAUAUGACUGGGAAAAGUGCCCACUUUGUGGACCUUUACGACAUCUUCCCAAGAACGUCCAGUGGUGUGUGGCAGCCAUUUGUGACGGCGGCACCCCUCGGAAAUCCCUUCAAAGGUCAAGUGGUUCUCCAUGAGCAGCAGAGUAAUGUCAUCCUGCUGUUAGACACCAUUAGCCGGGCUCUUCGUCGUCUCAUCCUCUCUUCAGAAGAAGAUACGUCUAAAAGAUCUUCAUGGUGGAACAAGGAGACUGAAAUUUAUAAAAUGUGUAAAGAGUUUUCACACAAAAACUGGCUUGUAUUCUAUAAAGAAAAAGGGAAUAGCCUUACCGUGCUGGAUGUUCUAGAAGGCCGAGCUCACACCAUCUCGCUUCCCAUUACCCUCAAGACAGUUUUCCUUGUAGCAGAAGACAAGUGGCUUCUGGUGGAGAACCAGACAAACCAGAAAUAUCUCUUAACCAAACCUGCACACAUGGAAUCUGAGGAUCGUGGGGUUUGCCAGCUGCAUGUGUUGAAAGAAGAGCUGCCGAGCCCCGGGUUUGGAGUUACACAAGAAACAGAUCUCAGCAUACCUCAUAUCAUUUCAAGUGAUCAACUCUCAUCUGAAAAUCUGAGUUCAGCUGUGGGACAAAAGAUAGCUUCUCCUAAUCGAAUCCUCUCAGAUGAUAAUAGCUAUGCGACAAUAGUUGUUGGCUUCCCAGAUCUCGUGUCACCCAGUGAAGUUUAUUCUUGGAAAAGACCAUCAUCUUUAAGCCAACAAAGUGUCACUGAUAGAGGAAUUUAUGGCGGAAGAAAGAAGAAUCCUUCUCCAAAACAGAUUAAUUGUGUGACUCUUUUAGACAGUAAUCAGAUAGUCAAGAUUUUGCCCCCAGGAGAGGUCCCUCUGAAAGAUAUCUUCCCAAAAGAUGUUGCCCCUCCACAAGCAGCUGGUUACAUAGAAGUCACUGACCUUCAAUCAAAGAAACUCCGCUACAUCCCAGUUCCCAGGUCGGAGUCUCUCUCGCCAUACACCUCGUGGCUGUCUUCUAUCUCAGACACAGAUGCUCUGCUGGCCGAGUGGGGCAAAGGCGGUGUGGUCACUGUGGACAUGGGAGGUUGCGUCAGGCUGUGGGAGACUGGACUCGAACAUCUGCAGCGCUCACUCAUGGAAUGGAGAAACAUGAUCGGACAAGACGGGGACAGGCCUCUGCAGAUAACGAUCAACAGAGAUAGUGGUGAAGACGUCAGCACCCCCAAACACGGGAAGGUGGACCCCGACAACAUGCCCCACAGGGGCGGCAACACUUGGGCUGGCGGAACAGGAGGAAGAGACACUGCGGGCCUGGGUGGUAAAGGAGGCCCUUACCGGCUGGAUGCAGGCCAUAACGUCUACCAGGUGUCUGAGGCUGAGAAAGACGCAGUGCCUGAGGAAGUGAAGAGAGCGGCCAGGGAAAUGGGCCAGAGGGCCUUCCAACAGAGGCUGAAGGAGAUCCAGAUGAGUGAAUAUGACGCCGCCAGCUAUGAAAGGUUUUCAAGUGCAGUCCGCCGGCAGGUGCAUUCCCUCCGAAUCAUCCUGGAUAAUUUACAGGCUAAAGGUAAAGAAAGACAGUGGCUGCGACACCAGGCUACCGGGGAACUUGAUGAUGCCAAAAUCAUUGAUGGACUGACGGGAGAGAAAGCCAUCUACAAACGCCGGGGUGAGCUGGAGCCGCAGCUGGGCAGCCCGCAACAGAAGCCCAAGCGACUGAGCCUGGUGGUGGACGUGUCUGGCAGCAUGUACCGCUUCAACGGGGUGGACGGCCGGCUGGAGCGCUCGAUGGAGGCUGUGUGUAUGGUCAUGGAAGCCUUUGAGAACUAUGAGGAGAAGUUCAAGUAUGACAUCGUUGGCCACUCUGGGGAUGCCUACAACAUUAGCCUGGUUCCAGUGAACAAAGUUCCCAAGGAUAACAAGCAAAGACUAGAAAUUCUGAAGACAAUGCACGCCCACGCCCAGUUCUGCAUGAGUGGGGACCAUACCUUAGAGGGGACGGAACAUGCCAUCAAAGAAAUUGCUAAGGAAGAGGCUGAUGAGUACUUCGUCAUAGUCUUGAGCGAUGCGAAUCUGUCUCGCUAUGGAAUACAUCCUGACAGGUUCACCCAAAUACUGACAAGUAACCCGCAAGUCAAUGCUUUUGCCAUUUUCAUUGGAUCCUUGGGUGAUCAAGCAACCAGGCUUCAGAGGACUUUACCAGCCGGCCGGUCUUUCGUUGCCAUGGAUACCAAGGAGAUCCCUCAGAUUUUACAACAGAUCUUCACCUCCACGAUGUUGUCGAGCGUUUAA